AUGGGCCCUGAGUUCUAUAUUCCUGAAAAAGCCGAGGAGUGCUGGGCUGAAGACCCUGACAUGCUUGAAAAAGCAAAAUCAUACGGAAUUCAAGCUAGGAAGGUUGGUGAUAGCCUUGGAUGGUCAGCUGUGGGAAAUCAUGCCUGGAUCGACAAUGAAAUACCUCGCUGUGUCCUUAGAGUUUGCCUUUUCGAGUUAGAAGGAAGCUCUUUGCAAUCAAAAAAUCAGCCACAGCACUCUCAAUCCGCUCGCGACCUCCGCUUUUAUCUUAUGAAUUCUCGCGUCGACCAAAGCAGCUCGGAGAUGCAAAAGAGGCUAAUCAUUUUGGAGGAUAUUGAUCCAAGAUUCGCAGAAUUACUUGGAGUUAUGCUUGAAAUCCCCCCCGCGUUUUUCAUAUCUCACUACCACAGAGAUAUUAACCUGAGCAUAUUGGACAGAACAUAUGCCCAAACUAAAAAUUCGAAAUGCUGGAAGACCGCAAUUCCAAGGUGUUCGACUUUAAAUCCCUUAAAAGACGAUUUUGAGGAUUAUGAGGGCGAUUAUAACCUGUUUGCUGGAAACUUUUUCCGCAGACCAAUUUGGAAUCAAGAGAUGGGAGACUUUCUUCAUUUUCAUAGCGUGAUGUCAUACUGGGGACAGCAGCUUGGUGACAGCUCGUGGACUAUCAAUACUAGACCUAAGAACCCUUGGUAUCAGCAAGUUUUGUUGGAUCCACCCAAUUCCUACACUAUCGCGUCGAAUCGUGAAUGUAUGUAUGAUUUCCUUACAGCAGUGUUGCAUGAGGAUAUCUCAAAAGCUUGGUCGAAGUUGACAGUCCAUAGAAGAUCUAAAGAAUAUGGAUCCGAUGACUCGGAAUCUGAAACUAGCGACAGUGAAUCAGACUACACCAGCUCGGAAUCUGGAACUAGCGAACGUGGUUCAGAGUAUGCAAACUCAGAAUCAGAGAUUAGCAACCGUGAAUCAGACGACAAAGGCUCAAAAAGAAAUUGGUUGAGAUUUUUGAGGAGACAAAGAAAAGGUGCUACAGUCGACGAGGAGAAAGCGACAGAGUCGCAUUCGAUUAGGGAAAGAUCAUUCCAAACAGCAGAAUCAGACUCAAUUAUUUCGGCAGACAACAGGCCUUUCGAAAUAACAAGACUGUUUUCAAUUAGAUCGGAAGACAGGUCUUCUAAAACAGCAAAGACCAAUUCACUUGCUGUAAGAGAAGGAUCUUCUAUUGUCUCGAAAGAUCCUAUGACGAAGAAAAGGAAUACCCUCUAA